AAAUCCCAAGUCUAGCUCCGGACUUGGAAAUCCCAAUAUCAGAUGGCCUCCUCCUCAGACUCCAUGGACGACGAGAGCUUCAGAGCUCGCGUCGAUAGAAUCUUCGGAUCCCUCCCGGCCGGAUUGAACUAUUUCCGCCAACCUUCUUCAGCCGUACGAUCAUCUCCUUGGUCUCUCACCGGAAAAGAGGUGGAGAGGAAAGAGUGGAGGCGCGACACGGGCUCUUCUGACCGGGACGAGACGCCGUGUUCCGCUGCUUUCGAUGAUUUUCUGAAUAAGGAUCGCAGAAGUUCUAGAAGGAAUGCGAAGUUAGGCGGAGAGCUUGGAGGGGAUCUUGAUGAUGUCGACGAAGAUGGUGAUGAACGGCCGGAGAAUGGUGAUGAAUGGGAUAUCCGAUCGUCCAUAGGAUUGGACCCCACGCUUGACAAUGAAGAAGAAGAAGAUGAAUAUGACAAAGUGGCUUGUGGUAGAGAAAGUGCUGAUGAUCGGCUUUAUACGAGGGAUGUUACCAAUCAUGGGUUGAACUUGAAUGCGGAGAAUGUCCUUCUCAACUCAUUAAGCAGUACUAUGAAAGAUCCACGUGACCUUGCUGCUAGGAACAGGCUAAUGGAAGAUGAUGCUGAAGCCCAAGUAUCGAAUUCUCCUCAUAAUCCCGGUACAGAAUUUAAGGAGCCUCAGGUUAGAUUUUCUGGAGAUGGUGUUCCUCUCAGAUCUAUCUUAAAGAGGAAGGACACCAAUUCAAUUCCCAAAUCGCUAAAACGUGUCAGGUUUGAUCCUGGUUGUAUGUCUAGUAGUGAAGAGUUAUCAGAAGGCCAUCAAGAUUUUUUGAGCAGAAAUUCUUCAGUAAGUUCUAUGGUUUCUAGUAAUGAUGGAUCUAUGUUGGCCCAAAACACAGCAAGGAUUCAAGAUCGUUCCCGGAAUGCUUACACACACUAUACUUUGAAUUCAACGAUUGAGGUUAAUGAAGAAUCCAACACGAGAGCUUGUAUGGACUUUUUGAAGUUGGUCAGAGGUUCAAAGCCCUCAGACUUGGGAUCAAACUCCCAGGAUGUUUCUGCGGAUCUUCCAAAAUCUAUCACUUUUAUUCCUAAGAAAAAGGCAGUGGAUGGUGAAUCAGUAGAUAGUUUCAGUGAGUUUAAACAAGAUAAGCAAGCUAAGUCCUCCCACCAAGCAGAAUUUCAAUUCCCCAUUGGCAUUGCAUUAAUAGAAUCCCAACAAUCCGAAGUUGGUGAAGUGGUGGAAGCUCAACAAGAAGUAAGUGCAACAGAUGUAAAUUCUAGAAUCCAAAAACCUAUUCGCAGGUACAGAACAAAGCCAAGUUCAGACGACUCUGAUUGUUGAGUUAUUCAGAGCUUCUCGAAGGGAAAAAGUACUUACUUCUUAUAGUAUUUCUCUUCUAUGUGCUCUUUGGAUUCUUUUCAAUUCCUCCAAAAUCAUCCCAUUCUGGUUUUAUUUUUGGGGUGUUCUUUUUUUUCCUACCUUUUUUAGUGAUGUUUGAGAGGAUUUAGUUGAUUUGAGUUUCUCACAUCAUUUUUGUAUGGAUAUUAUGUUGUUGACUGGCGUAUGCUAUGAGAGAUUCUUGUGUUAUAAUUUU